GCCCAGCGCCCGUGCCCGCUGGCGCAGCGGGACCGAUCGCGGGCGGCGCGGCCACCCGCUCGGCGUUCGAGGGCUGGCUGCGGCACUGGCGAGGGACCUACGCGGAUGCCGCCGGGGCCAAGACGGAGUCCGUGCCUCCCUCGCUGGACGGGGUGCGCCCGAAG